AUGGUUAACAUGACGGUUUUUUUAUCCGAUCUCCAGGCCGGACGUUCCUCCUCCACCGUCCAAGUCCGCCUGCUUCGCUACUGGGAAGCCAGGAACUUCCGCCGUGGUGGAGAGCUCAUGGGUGUGGACAUGCUCCUCUUGGAUUCCCAAUCGACCAUGGUGCCGGCCAUUGUGCAUGUGAACCGUCUCUCAACCCAUCAGCCGAACCUGGAAGCUGGUGCAGUUUACUCUCUUAACGGUUUUGACGUGACCCGUUGUGGUCAGAACUAUCGUCUCUCAGAUUCUCCCCUGCUUAUCCGCUUUAGCGAGACUACUUCUUUCACUAAGAUCGCCGAAACGUCUGCGCCAAUUCCUCUUCAGUCAUUCCGUUUCCGAAAUUACAGCGAUAUGCUCGGGUUGGCGAGCUCUAACACUCAACUCCCAGAAACACAUCAUGCGACAUAUGGUGCUACAAGGAUGCUCACAAUCAAUAUCCACCGGUUUAAUACCAAUGAAGACAACAUUCAAUUCCUCUGGAAUUUGCAACUACAAAUGUUGGAUCCCUUACGGAUUCAACAUUUACAGUCCACGCUCAUAUGUCAGAACAUCAGCACUUAUUCUUGCCUGAGAAUUGCUGAGAAAACGUCAACAUAUGUAUCGGAAAUGGUUUCGUCUCUCAACAACUAUGAACAAACAAAUGUACACAUUAUUUUACAUUUGACUCAUUUUAAUCCUUCUUCAGUUUACAUGAUGGAGAUACAAACUGCUGCAUCAGUUGUGGAAUCUGAUGUGAAAAUACAAACAACAAAAGAUGAGUACGAAGAAUUCGCGUCAAAGCUCCAGGCGGCGCUCAUGCAAGCAGCCUCUUUGUUACAGUUUUAUAACCAACUAGAUGUGAGGUCUGAAAUUCCAAAAAUGUUUCGAUCCGCACUGCUUGUGUUAAGCCUCCAUCUCUCUGUACUGUACAGAAGAAGCUUAAUCAAAAACUUCAUUGUUCUAAUGGUACUUGGAUCGCUUUUCUCUCCUCUCAAGUUCUGGGGAAAGACUCAGGAACAAGAGCCACAGAGAGGAAGGAUGCAAGAGAUAGAUCUCGGCAUUCACACAAUAAGAAGCCACGGAGGAGGUCUCGCCUCCAAACACAAACACGACUGGAUCAUACUCGUCAUCUUAAUAGCCAUCGAGAUAGGCUUACAACUCAUCUCUCCUUUCUACAGAUUCGUUGGUAAAGACAUGAUGACUGAUCUCAAAUACCCUUUCAACGACAACACAAUCCCUAUCUGGUCCGUCCCAAUCUACGCUGUCCUUCUCCCAAUCAUAGUCUUCGUCUGCUUCUACAUGAAGAGAACAUGCGUCUACGAUCUCCACAACAGUAUCCUCGGCCUUCUAUUCACAGUUUUGAUAACUGGUGUCAUUACAGACUCCAUCAAGCUAGCAACGGGACGUCCUCGUCCUAACUUUUACUGGCGUUGCUUCCCUGACGGGAAAGAGGUUUUCGAUGCUUUGGGUGGUGUGUUAUGUCAUGGUGAGCCAGAAGAAGUUAAAGAAGGUCAUAAAAGCUUCCCUAGUGGACAUACCUCUUGGUCAUUCGCGGGACUUGGGUUCCUCUCGCUUUACUUGUCUGGUAAACUCAAGGCUUUUAAUAGAGAAGGACAUGUAGCUAAGCUUUGUAUUGUGUUUGUUCCUUUGCUUGCGGCUUGUCUUGUGGGGAUAUCUCGUGUUGAUGACUAUUGGCAUCAUUGGCAAGAUGUGUUUGCUGGAGGACUUAUUGGUCUUUUUGUUGCUGGCUUUUGUUACCGUCAGUUUUACCCUAAUCCUUACCAUGAUGAAGGAUGGGGUCCUUACGCUUAUUUCGUAGCGGCACAGGAACGAGGAGGAGGACAACAGAACGGAGAUGCGUUGAGGACAAUGUCUUUACAGGUGGAACCAACUUCUCUUGAAAACAUGGAGUCUGGCACUUCCACUGUUCCAAGAUGAUUUAAUUCUCUUUAUUUCAUUAUUAUUUAGUAUUUUCAUUUUUGUUGUGGUGAGAGUGUGUGUGUGUUUUAAGUUUUAACCUCUACGUGUACUCUUUUGACAUUUGUAAGUAAAUCUACUCUUUUUGACUGGAGAAUGUCG